AAAAAAAAAAACACCAAAAUUCAACCCUCACAAAAAAGUUGCAAAGGAACCUGUCAAUCAACUCAUUCCACCAGCAACAUCAGUCAAAAUGCCGGACAACCGAGUAACCUAUCGCCGUCGCAACCCGUACAACACCACCUCCAACAAGACCAGAGUCAUCAAGACUCCCGGUGGUGAGCUACGAACCCUUCACAUCAAGAAGCGAGGAACUGCCCCGAAAUGUGGUGACUGCGGUGUCAAGCUCCCUGGCGUUCCCGCCCUACGACCUCGUGAAUACUCCCAGAUCUCACACCCCAAGAAGACCGUCCAGCGAGCGUACGGUGGUUCGCGAUGUGGCAACUGCGUGCGAGACCGCAUCGUACGUGCAUUCCUGAUCGAGGAGCAGAAGAUCGUCAAGAAGGUGCUCAAGGAGCAAAGUGAAGGCUCCAAGAAGAAAUAAACCCUACAAGGCUACUCAGGGAUGAAUUGGUUCGGUCGUCAUUGCUUUGGGUGUUAAGAGGUACAGGGCUGCAUGUCAUGCGAACGGCUUAUGAAAAGCCGCUUCUGUUUCUAAGGCUUCUUCUCAUAGUCUAGAUGAUCGGAAUGGUAUCAACGACAUCAGGACUUUACCAAUGUGUUUUAUCGGUCUUUUCGUAUUCCCGAUGUAUUGUGAUACAUGAUAAUAUUUCCCGCA